UGAAGAGGCCGUCGCAGGCAAGAGGCAACUCUGCUCUCUUCUGCGUUCCCCCUUCCUUCUGUGUUGUUCUGAUCGUGAAGAAUGAAGCUGGACGUUGAUGUUCUGAGAUAUCUAUCCCGGGAGGACUUCAGGGUUCUCACUGCUGUUGAAAUGGGCAUGCGGAAUCAUGAGAUUGUGCCUUCUGUGCUCAUUGAUCGCAUUGCUUCUCUCAAGCAUGGUGGCACAUACAAGGUCUUGAAGAACUUACUCAAGCAUAAGCUGCUGCACCAUGAUGCUUCCAAAUAUGAUGGAUUUCGUCUCACCUACCUUGGUUAUGAUUUCCUUGCAAUUAAGACUAUGGUCAACCGUGGAGUCUUCACUGCUGUUGGUCGCCAAAUUGGUGUUGGCAAAGAGUCUGAUAUCUUUGAGGUUUCACGUGAGGAUGGUACUAUCAUGGCAAUGAAGUUGCAUAGACUUGGUAGAACUUCCUUUAGGGCUGUCAAAUCUAAGCGUGAUUAUUUGAGGCAUCGUAAUAACUAUAACUGGCUCUAUUUGUCCCGCCUUGCUGCUCUCAAAGAAUAUGCUUUUAUGAAGGCUUUGGAAGAACAUGGAUUUCCUGUGCCAAAUGCUGUGGACUGUAAUAGGCAUUGUGUGGUUAUGUCACUUGUCCAAGGUUAUCCACUUGUGCAGGUGAAGGAGUUGCAAAACCCUGAGGUGGUUUUUGAAACAAUCCUUGGCCUUAUUGUUCGUUUGGCAGAACAUGGUCUGAUUCAUUGUGACUUCAAUGAGUUUAACAUUAUGAUUGACGAUGAUGAAAAGGUCACCAUGAUCGAUUUUCCACAAAUGGUAUCUGUAUCACAUCGUAAUGCAGAGAUGUAUUUUGACCGUGAUGUUGAAUGCAUCUACAAGUUUUUUGGAAAGAGGUUCAAGAUGACCUUCGAAGAGCAUGAUGAUAAUGUUGAUGUUUCGGAGGUAGACACAGAUGAAAGUAGUAGGCCAUCCUUUUCUUCAGUAAACAAAACUGCUGGAUUUCUCGACAAAGAACUUGCUGCCAGUGGAUUUACCAGAAAGGAGCAGGAUGAGAUAGAAAGGUUUAUUGAAGGUGACAUUGAGGAUGAUGCUGGUGGUGAAGGUGAAGGAACUGAAGAUAAUGGACAUGAAUCAGAAUUAAAUCAAACAACCAUAAAGGAUUUGGAUUCUUUGAAGUUAGAGCAGGAAAAGACAACAUCUAGUCAUAAUGAGGAAGACAGGAUUGGGGAAAGCCAGCAGACAUCUAACGUGAGCCAGAGCAGAGAAAGUGAAAAUGCAAGUGAUAGGGAGGAAGAAAGUGAGGAUGUAAAUGAUGCUCAACUUGUUAAGAGUUUAACCAAACAGAGACGGCGUGCAAUAGCAGCCGCAAGUAGGGGACGGAAGAAUUAUGCAUCCAGAAAUUCUUACAAAGACAAGGGGGGUAAAUCCUCUCAUAACUCUAAAAUCCAGAAACAAUUGAACAGCUGGUGAAUUUUGUAUGGAUUCCCACAACCUAAAACAUCGAGGCUAUCAGUUAAAUGGCCUGUGGCUGAAACAUUUGUGCAAAGGUUGCACCCAAGUUGCAAACAGGUCAAAUCAACACACCGCAGAAACUGAGAAUGGGAAGCUGGAGUUUUUGUUUUGUUUCUGGUCUGUGUUCUUGGUUUCUUCUGGUGAUGCUGUUCAGUAGUUUGUGAGUUAAGAGUAGCUAAUCCUGAUUUCCAUAAUGAUUAUUGUACUAAACCGAAUAAUAUAUGCCAAGGAGCAUAGAUUUUUAAACAUUCCAAAGACAGGAAAAUGUAUCCGAACUCUUAAAUCUUGCUUAC